UCAUGACGCAGUGGCGGGUCCAGUUCGCGAUCAAAUAUCACGUCUUGGACUGCUUUUUUCGGAUCGCUCCGCAAGACGAACGACUGCCACGGACGUGUGCGUGACUCAUCAUGAAUUCGGCUCAUACGGACUUGUGCGUUGAACCUACCUGCAUUCAACCUGGGUCACACGAACGUUGCCGUGGGUUCGUGCAGCCAGCCUGCUCACACUGUCACGCGAGCCACUCACGGGCCCCCAAACAAAUCCACGCGCUAUGUUGGCGAUCUGCAAGGUAGACGGCUAAUCACCAGGCCUGAGCUACCAAGAAUAAAAAAAACACGAAUGGAGACCGAGAAGAGUGGUCAUAAAGAGGAGGAGGAGGAGGAGGAGGAGGAGGAGGAGGAAGCUGGAAGAGGAAGUGGAGGAGGCCAUGUGGCCAUCUGUCAAAAAGGUUAUGCUGUGAGAACAGAACGUCAUUCAACCAUAGGUAGUAAAUCACAAGACAGCGCGCCGGGCAUGCCCCGCCGCCAAGCCAGACAGCAAACAUGUGUCGGGCGUAGCCCUCGACGCAUGCACAUGCACAUGCCAACGUCGUAUGUACUGGUUGCGUCAUGGCUUGCGCGUUCGCCGCCCGACGAUAAAACGGCCGCCUCACGAGCGCGGCUAGUGCGUGUGGCCGGGCGCGAGCUUGGCCCGGCACGAGUUCGGCCUGGUGCGAGUUCGGCCAGGCGCGAGGUCGGCCAGGCGCGAGUCUUCCAGCCUGCGGAGGAGGCCAAGCCGAGGGAGAGUGCCAGAGCCGCCGGGUGCGAGUUCGGCUGGGCGCGUUCUCGGCCGGGUGCGAAUUGUUCUGCCCCUGGAGGAGGCAGGGCCGGGGGAGAAUGCAUGAGCCGCUGGGUGCCAGUUCGGCGGGGUGCGACUGAGCUCGGACGCCGGCUCGCGCCGUCGCGGGAGGGCCCGAGCCCGAGGUCAGCUGAGUCCGAUUCUGGGUAUUCCCGGAUGACAACCCCAGGAGCCCGUCCUUGCCUCCCCGCAUCCUUCGCCGCGCCCACCCUCACACGCACAGUGCCAGGCUGGUUGCCACGAAAGCCCACAGCAGUGGGAAGAGGAGGUGCCCCUGCGCGAAGGAGACGCCAGCAGAGCUGAUCAGAUCCAGGUGGUCAUUGGAGGAGACGUUUGCGAAGAAGAGGGCGACGUAGUUUAUGGCGAAGAGGCUGUACAGCGUGCCCAGCACGUAGACGAGGGCGUCCCGCCUGCGCCACCUCCCUAGCUGCAGCUCCCACUCUCGACAUCCCUCCGUUGGAACUCGCACGAAGUGACGCUGGUGCGCCAGUUUGAUGAUGGAUAGAGGGAUGCUCGCCAAGAGCGCAGAGACCACACCGACUGCGAUCAACUCUCCAAGCGCCUGCCACAUGCAAUCGUCGCCAUGGUCGUCACACUCCGCGUUGCACUCCUCGGGCGAGUCCUUCGCCAGAGCCCCCCCUGUGCUCGCGAAGAAGAACGUAGCGAUCAUCACGGCCCCCGUCAGCUCGCAGCCGAGCAGCAAUACCCUCAUGGAUCUCCUCAUGAUGAUGCUUCGCACAAAGACCGCCCCGACGGGACAGUUGAUCAGGAAAGAUAGCAUCAACGUGCGAGCCGCGUGGCACCGCGAGCAGCGACGCCGAAGCGCGCUCUCACGGGCCGCCCGCACCCUGCCGACCAUCUCGGCCAGCAUGUCGUGCCGCCGCUUGGCCUCGGCGACGCUGCCCUCGGCAGCGGAGCCAGCGAGGGUGCGCAGCGCAGCGCCCUCACUGUCCAGCUCGCCCGGCGCCGGGGGCUCCAGCUCCUUCUGGACCUCUGGGCUGAGCAGGAAGUCCACAUCUCUGGGGUGCAUGAGCAGAGACGCGCACACCCGAUUCGUCGCGUUCCACUCGGCCAGCGUUUUGGCCAGAUCCUUGAGGCCGAACUUGCCCCUGAGAAGUUCCCACACGAAACUGACAAAAACCUCGACGGUUUGCAGGACGCCGUCGACGCACUUGGUGACGAUGCUGACGACUUCCAAGAGCGCGCCCUGCAACAGCUCCUCGCAAGACGCCUUUGUGUCCUGAUGGACCGCCUGGCGGACAGACUGCAACGACCCCACGGCGGUUGUAUAGCUGGCCAUUGACGAUGUAGCUGCCACCGCGUGGCCUUGACUGCUCUGACUGCUCGCGACGCUGCCGUCUGACCUUUUCUUGCAGAACUCCUUGCGCAACGCCUCCGUAACGGGCGUGUGAUCGGUGCCGCGCGGAACUGUCCGAGGCGCGCCCGCCGCGGCGCGGUCCUCGGCACCCACUGCCCUGCAGCUCGAACUUUCCAAGCAGAAAUGCUUGCGCAGAACCUCCGUGACGUUUGCGCGCUCGGCACCGAGCAGGGUCACCGGGGGCGCGCCCGUCGUCUCGGUGUGGUAUCCGUCCGCCCGCGUCGUCGGGCAGGCGACGGGUUCCCGCGCGAGCUCGGGAACGACGAACUCCCUCGUGCCCCAGCGGCCCGCCCGCUCGUCCCUGACGUCGCACGCGUGCGCGAUCAACAGCAUGGCGAUGUACAAUAACAUCACACACUGCAGCAAAACCGAGCCCGCGGAGUCCAACCAGUCGCCAGUCCACAACUCCACGUAGGACUCUGCUGACAGCAGGCUGGCCUGGCUGCACUCGAGCGAGCUCACGAAGCCCUUCAGUAUGGCCCCGAAAACUGUGAGGUGUGUGGUAGCGCACCGCAGCGUGCCGUCAGCGAGGCGCGUAGUUGCCAUGCCCUCGGAGCUCCAUUUCAGCAUGGCUUCGUCGAAAUCCGCGCAAGCAAGGCCGUCGCUCACGUUCGGCAGGUCGAUGAAGAUCGGAUCUGGGAGGCCUGUCACUGACAGGGUCGAACCGUCCUCGACAGACUUCAGGGAGAUGCUGAUCGCGCCCUCUACCUGCAUGCCUGGAGCUCCCGCGGGCACGGCCGAUGCGGGGAGGUUCGCGGCCAAGACCAGCGCUCUCUCAACUCCGACGGCGUCAAAUAGCGACGUGGGUAGACCCACUUCCACGCCAGUCGCAGCACUCACGUCUGGCAGUGGGAUACGCCCGUCGAUGGCAUCGCUCACGCUUGCCUUGGUGACAGUGAGCUCUAUUCCCUCAAUCGUCGUCGUUAUGCUUGACAAGUUCGAUGCGAUCAGCUGGAAAGCAACAAUGUCCUCCGCCUUUGCGAUGUCCGCGAGCGUCGCCAUCCCAGGAAUGGCCACAACGGGAAUCGUCAUCAUAGGAGCGGCGGUGAUCACAAAUUCAGCGCUCCAAUCAGCGGCAGCCAUAGCAUUGUCAGUUUGGACUUUGAUAUCGGUUGCAGCUCCAGCAAGCGUGGAAUAAAUGACAGCGGAAGCAUUUUCGUCGGUGACCCGAAUCGUGAAGCUAAUCUUCACAGAGACUGCGCCCGACAUUUCGUCAAUUACAGUGAAACCCGUAAUUGAAAUGUCAGACGCUGGCACGGACAAAACAGCAGACAAACCAGAUAAUUUGCCGGCUUUGUAGGCCGUUGAAGACAUGAGAUCUGACGACGUCACGCCUGAUGGAAGAGUUUCGUCUGCAAUGUACCAGCCAGUUACCGUGAACACAUCUGUGGGAAUAGCGUCCGUCGUCUGGCAGAGACACCCGCCACAAUCACAUCCAGCAUCACUCUCAAGCAAUGCACAAGUCCAAGGUCGGCCUUCAGCAGACUGCGAGCCAAUUUCUAUACGUUCGUCGCACGUCGAACCAUAACAUGUGUUUGGACACGCCGGCCCUGGAGUAGGCUCUGAAGUGGGUACCUCGGUGGGCUGUGGAGUACGUUGAGCUGUAGGUGAUGCGGCCGUCGGCGCGGGCGUAGGCGCUUGCGUUGCUGGCGUCGGAGGCGAUGCUGUUGGUGCCAGAGUUGGGGCCACUGUUGGUGCCAGGGUGGGUGUUGGCGCUAGUGUUGGCGCCGACGUUGGAGCCCACGUCGGUACCAGGGUCGGGUCUAGCGUCGGCGCAGGCGUAGGCGCUGGCGUUGGUGCCACUGUUGGUGACAGGGUUGGUGCCGCUGAUGGUGUGAAGGUCGGCGCCGACGUCGGCGUGACCGUAGGCGCCAGCGUUGGUGCCCGUGUUGGUGCUGGGGUCGGUUCCAGCGUCGGCAUUGGCGUAGGCGCUGACGUUGGCGCUGACGUUGGUGCCAGUGUUGGAUCUGGUGUUGGAGCCACUGUUGGUGCCAGGGUCGGUUCCGGCGUAGGCGCUGGCGUUGGCGCUGGCGUUGGCGCUGGCGUUGGCGCCAGCGUUGGUGCCAGGGUUGGUGCCAGUGUUGGUGUGGGGGUCGGUUCCAGCGUCGGCAUUGGCGUAGGCGCUGACGUUGGCGCUGAUGUUGGUGCCAGUGUUGGAUCUGGUGUUGGAGCCACUGUUGGUGCCAGGGUCGGUUCCAGCGUAGGCGCUGGCGUUGGCGCUGGCGUUGGCGCUGGCGUUGGCGCCAGCGUUGGUGCCAGGGUUGGUGCCAGUGUUGGUGUAGGGGUCGGCUCCAGCGUCGGCAUUGGGGUAGGCGCUGACGUUGGCGCUGAUGUUGGUGCCAGUGUUGGAUCUGGUGUUGGAGCCACUGUUGGUGCCAGGGUCGGUUCCGGCGUAGGCGCUGACGUUGGCGCUGAUGUUGGUGCCAGUGUUGGAUCUGGUGUUGGAGCCACUGUUGGUGCCAGGGUCGGUUCCGGCGUAGGCGCUGGCGUUGGCGCUGGCGUUGGCGCUGGCGUUGGCGCUGGCGUUGGUGCCAGGGUUGGUGCUGGCGUCGGCCCAGGCGUAGGCGCAAGCGUUGGAGUUGGUGUUGGUGCCAGUGUUGGCGUGGGGGUCGGUUCCAGCGUCGGCAUUGGCGUAGGCGCUGGCGUUGGCGCUGGUGUUGGUGCUCGUGUUGGAGCCGGUGUUGGAGCUAAUGUCCCCAGCGUCGGCGGUGGCGGAGGCGCUGGCGUUGGUGCCGGCGCCGUCAGUUCAGAAGGUCCAUGCUCGAAUAAACCACACGGUCCAAACUGGAUGUCGUACAGCUCGCCGCAGUAAUUUCCAUAAACUUUGCCUGAGUUCCAAGCAUGGAUCACAUUUUGCGGUAUGUUCACGUUAAAUGACGAGUGAAACCGCGAUCCGACUGCAUUCCCGCCAUUAUCCACCAAACACAUGUGCACAUUGCCGCCUUGAUGGGUCGGAAAGAUGAAACUGUCAAAGCUGAGCUUAUGAGCCAACGUGGUCGGCCAUCCUUUCCAAUGUCCCGAAGAAACAGUAAUGCCACUGAUUGGGCAAGUGACUGGAAUCGUUUGUGCCGUCGUCCGGCGGACGUCCGCGCGGAGGACGGUCGUGUCCGCCGUCAGCGCCAUCUGUCGGCUGGUUUUUUGGGGCGGAGUCGAGGCAUUGAGCUCUGAAAUUGUCGCGUUCGCCGACGCCCUUCGAGCUUCGCGUUCAGAGGUCGGCGCAACUGUCGGAGGCGGUGCCAGCGCGGAGCUCAGUCGGGCCACGGUCGUGGGCCCGACAACCAAAAGCAAGAGCAUAGCGCCCAUCAUAGUGCCACCGACUCAAAGCCUCAGCUGCUGCCGACUCAAGGCCUCGGCUGCCUUAAAGUGGCCAAAACGAUUGGGCUUGGCUCGAGCCA